GUUUCAUCAUUCCAAGAGAUAACUGUUGAAGAUUGAAAUACAUCUGUAGACGAUUCGGGACUUUCAAACAUUGUUUACUGGAGUAAUUUUAAAAAAAAACAACUCCUAUGUCUGACCUACAAUCAGAAGUUUCGAAAAAUUUAAUUGACUCUCCAUCACCUCUUAGCCUAAAGAUUAAUCAUUGGUUCGCAGUUUCAGCAUGGAAAUGGUGUACUAACGAUGAUGACUGCGGUAUUUGUCGGAACGCUUUUGAAACAUGUUGUGCAGAUUGUAAACUCCCAGGUGACGAUUGUCCUCUUGUUUGGGGUCAAUGUAAUCAUUGUUUCCAUAUGCAUUGCAUUAUAAAGUGGUUAAAUAGUCAGCAAAUGGCUCAACAUUGUCCUUUAUGUAGACAAGAUUGGCGGUUCCGAGAAUAAGCAUCUCAAUUUCUGUGAUUUUCUGAUUUUUGUUAAAAAAUUUUAAAUAUAUUAAUUAAAGAGCA